AUGUACCAGUGGGUUUGUGCCGCGCCCCGGCUCCCCCCCCCGCCCCCGCAGGUCAUCCCAGACUGGAAGGAGCAGGAGUGGGACCCCGAGAAGCCCGACGCGUACGCCGGCAUCUUCCACUUCCGCUUCUGGCGCUUCGGGGAGUGGGUGGACGUGGUCAUCGACGACCGGCUGCCCACGGUGCAGCAGCUCAUCUACUGCCACUCCAACUCCCGCAACGAGUUCUGGUGCGCCCUGGUGGAGAAGGCCUAUGCCAAGCUGGCGGGCUGUUACCAGGCCCUGGACGGGGGCAACACGGCGGACGCGCUGGUGGACUUCACAGGCGGCGUUUCGGAGCCCGUGGACCUGACCGAGGGCGACCUGGGCGGCGACGAGGCCAGGCGGAGCCAGCUGUUCGAGCGCGUGCUGAAGGUGCACAGCCGGGGGGGCCUCAUCAGCGCCUCCAUCAAGGGGGUGACGGCGGCCGACAUGGAGGCGCGGCUGGCGUGCGGGCUGGUGAAGGGCCACGCGUACGCCGUCACGGACGUGCGCAAGGUGCGGCUGGGCCACGGCCUGCUGGCCUUCUUCAAGGCGGAGAAGCUCGACAUGAUCCGCCUGCGGAACCCCUGGGGCGAGCGCGAGUGGAACGGGCCCUGGAGCGACACCUCCGAGGAGUGGCAGAAGGUGAGCAAGAGCGAGCGGGAGAAGAUGGGGGUGACGGUGCAGGACGACGGCGAGUUCUGGAUGACCUUCGAGGACUUGUGCCGCUACUUCACGGACCUCAUCCAGUGCCGGCUGAUGAACACGUCGUACCUGAGCGUCCACAAGACGUGGGAGGAGGCCCGGCUGCGGGGCGCCUGGACGCGGCACGAGGACCCGCUGCGCAACCGCAGCGGGGGCUGCGUCAACCACAAGGACACCUUCUUCCAGAACCCGCAGUACAUCUUCGAGGUCAAGAAGCCGGAGGACGAGGUGCUGAUCUGCAUCCAGCAGCGGCCCAAGCGCUCCACCCGCCGGGAGGGCAAGGGCGAGAACCUGGCCAUCGGCUUCGACAUCUACAAGGUGCGGAGAACCCGGCAGUUCCGCAUGCACGGCCUGCAGCACAAGGCCGCCGGCUCCAUCUACAUCAACUCGCGCAGCGUCUUCCUGCGCACCGAGCAGCCCGAGGGCCGCUACGUCAUCAUCCCCACCACCUUCCAGCCCGGCCGCACCGGGGAGUUCCUGCUCCGGGUCUUCACCGACGUGCCCUCCGACUGCCGGGAGCUGCGUCUGGACGAGCCCCCGCGCACCUGCUGGAGCUCUCUGUGUGGCUACCCCCAGCAAGUGACCCAGGUUCACGUCCUGGGGGCCUCCGGCCUCAAGGACUCCCCGACAGGGGCCAAUUCUUACGUGAUCAUCAAGUGUGAGGGCCACCGAGUCCGCUCGGCCGUGCAGAAAGGGACCUCAACGCCUGAGUACAACGUGAAAGGCGUCUUCUACCGGAAGAAGCCCGCCCAGCCCAUCACCAUCCAGAUCUGGAACCACCGCGUCCUGAAGGACGAGUUUCUGGGCCAGGUGCAGCUGCCGGGCGACCCUGACGACCUGCAGGCGCUCCACACCCUGCGUCUGCGGGACGGCGGGCGCGGGCAGCCCAGCGACUUGCCGGGCACCGUGGCCGUGCGCGUCCUCAGCAGCGCCUCGCUCACCGCCGUCUGA